UCAGCAUCGAGUAUUUCCCUUGUUGUUGUGUGACCCCUAACUGUAGAAUGGCUGUUAUUUUUCACCAUUAUCCUCUAAUUAUGGCUCUAUAGGUAGUUGCAACGAUUGAGUGCAACUAUAUCGUCUUGUCAGUUGGUGCCGCAGGCUGAGAUAGGUCACAGGUCAUUAAUGGACGUCAUCUCUCUUGUGCAGGAAAAGGGGUCUGUGGUUCGAUCCCAGACACUCCCAGUUCACCCAGCUGUAAAUGUAUACCUAAGUUUACAACUUGGGGAGGUGAAUGCAGUGGAGUCCGGUACCAACUAUGCUGCCUCCUUGUGUACCGAAGGCUUAGUAUACGGUGCGCUGUAUCCACGCUGUCCUUAAGCGGCAGUCAUGCCUAUGGGACCCACUUUCACAUGAUGAAAUAACCUUUUGAGCACUGUGACGUAACAUCUCGAGACCAAAUGUCACACUAACUUGAAGUACACAAUGUCUAGUGGAGAAACACAGUCCUCCUGUGAGGAAUGUGGCAAGUCAUUUUUUGGGAAGAUUUGUCUUGAAACACACUUGCUCGUGCACAAUGACAUUAAAAAGUUCACUUGUGGUGAAUGUGGGAAACAGUUUUCACAAAAAAGUCAUCUUGAGCAGCACUACCUGGCACACAAUGGUAUUAAAAACUUUAGAUGUGAUGAAUGUGGGAAACUAUUUUCUCAAAAAAAUCAUCUCAAGACACACUCACUAGUGCACAGUAACAUUAAAAACUUUAGAUGUAAUGAAUGUGGGAAACAAUUUAAACAAAAAAGUCAUCUUGAGCAACACUUCCUUGUGCACAAUGGUAUUAAAAACUUUAAAUGUGGUGAAUGUGGGAAACUAUUUAAACAGAAGAGUCAUCUUGAGCAGCAUUUCCUUGUUCACAAUGGUAUUAAAAAGUUUAGAUGUGAUGAAUGUGGGAAACUAUUUACACAGAAAAGUCAUCUCAAGACACACUUGCUUGUGCACAGUGAUGUUAAGAACUUUAAAUGUGGUGUAUGUGGGAAACAGUUUUCACAAAAAAGUCAUCUUGAGCAGCAUUUCCUUGUUCACAAUGGUAUUAAAAAGUUUAGAUGUGAUCAAUGUGGGAAACCAUUUACACAGAAAAGUCACCUCAAAAGACACUUGCUUGUCCACAGUGAUAUUAAAAAACUUUAGAUGUACAGUAGUGACUGUGGGAAACAUUAUUGAAACAAGGUACUCCGAAGAGACAGUCUUGCCGUGUACAAUGAUGUUUUAAAGUUUAAAUGUGGAAGCAUACGGUAGUCCCCCUAGAGGUCUCUCAAGUGUCGUGUUAACCGGACCCUCGAAAAAGAACAAUACAGUAUUAAGUGCUUGAAAACCUUAAUCAUUUCUAAAUUGAACUCAACUUUUUAUGGGAACUAUGGGUUAGGACUUUUACCUCCCAUAAUUUGACCUUUUUCACCAAUAUUGUGCCAAUUUUUUGCUAAAGAAUAGUGGUUCUCAGACAUGCUGGUGUUACAACACUAGAGUACAGUACACAUAAGCAAACUGUACCGCACAUAACCUAAGGAAUGAUUUAAUGAUAGGUGUGUGUGUGUGCAUCAUGCUCUCCUCACGGGCUAUUGUCAGCUGAGCACCCAUCACCACCCUGUAUCAGCUAGCCAGCAUGUCAACCAAUUUACAGUACAUCCAUUUUUAUCAAUCUUUUGCUAUUAAAACAAUAAGAAUGUGUAAAUUAAAAUUACAUGUAAAGUAACUUCCAAAUAAAAGCAUUCCUUAAAAGUAGGUGUAAAGUUACUUCCAAAUGCAAGCAUUCCUUAUUAGUAGGUGUAAAGUUAACUUCCAAUUACAGUACUGUACAGGCAAGCCUUAUAAGUAGGAUUUAAGUAACUACAAAUUACAACAAUUCCUUAUAAGUAGGUGCAAGCAUUUCUUAUAAGUAUGUAUAAUGGGACUUCCAAGUACAAGCAAGCCUUACAAGUAGGUGUUUACCUCUUCACUAUGGGGAAGCAACCUUAAGAUUUGAUUUGGUUAAUGCCUGAUGAUUUUAUUCAGCUCAGAGGUGACCCUGUACACAAUGGGUUAAGUAAUUUACCUGUCAUUAUAAGUUAUAAGCAAUGGUGGACAGUAAUGAAGUAUUUUUACUUUAUUACUUCAAUAAUGAUUUAAUACUUUGAAGUAACUUUGCUUAAAUAAAGAGUACAAUAUUUUCUCUUUAAAUUACUUGAGUAAACUCAAGUAAUUUUAAGAGAAAAUAUUGUACAGGGUACUUUAUACUUGAGUAAAUUUAUUAUUUAUACCACUGUUACCCGUUACAAUCUGAAAAUGAAUGAACCAAUCAAAAUGUAGCAAAAGAUAUUUGGGCUUGUCUCUGCCAAUCACAAUACAAUGCAGUCUCCCAUCACUCAACACUCAGAAGUGCCACAGAGUGCUCAGUCAUCACUGCCUCAGUUCAGUUUGAUCUUGUGCUGUGUGUUUUGGACGAUACAGAGGACACCACAGCCAAAACAUAUGAACAGUGGCAGAUAUUACACCUCCUUGGCCACAGCUAGGUACAGUACUCUACUAUACUGUAAGUUUUUCAAAGCAAAGUCAAAUGACAAAAUAUGCAGUGAAACUUCAGUGCUUGUUGUGCCAACCCGGGGAUGCUGUAAAUAAAUUGUUACUGAAACUUAAUUCUAAGUUCUGGUAGUAGUGCUCACUGUACAUUUGUCAUCUUUUAUAUAAUGUAAUAAAUGUGUACAAGAGUUA